GAGCAAAUGUCAAAAAAAGCAAAGCAGACUGUCACCACAGUUGAUCAAGUUGUCUGCUGAUUUCUCCGCUUUUAACUGAAAUGGAGCAACCAUUUGAUAAACUUGAUGCUGCUGGUUUUCUGCAAAUCUGGCAAUGCUUCGAUGCAGAUGAUAAUGGCUACAUUGAGGGCAAAGAACUGGAUGAAUUUUUCCGUCAUAUGCUGAAACGACUGAAUUCACAGGAGCAAGUGACUGAAGAAAAAGUGCAGCAAAUGAAGAAGAGGUUCAUGUCGGCCUACGAUGUCACUGCUGAUGGAAAACUGCAGAUUCAGGAGUUGGCCAAUAUGAUUCUCCCCGAGGAUGAAAGCUUUCUGCUCGUGUUCCGCAGAGAAACGCCUCUGAACAACAGCGUUGAAUUCAUGAAGAUAUGGAAGAAGUACGAUGUUGACUGCAGCGGCUACAUUUCAGCUCAGGAGCUCAAGGCUUUCCUGAAAGACCUGUUCCAGCAUCACCAGGAGGAAGUAUCAAAUGACAAGCUGGAGGAGUACACGGAUACCAUGAUGAAAAUCUUUGACAAAAACAAGGAUGGUCGUCUUGACUUAAGUGACAUGGCCAGGAUCUUGGCUCUAGAAAAGAAUUUCCUGCUCCAGUUUAACAUCGACGCCUCCAGUAAAGAGGAGAGGAAGAGAGACUUUAACAAGAUCUUCAACCAUUAUGAUGUUAGUAAGACGGGAGCGCUGGAAGGUCCUGAAGUGGACGGCUUUGUCAAGGACAUGAUGGAACUAAUAAGGCCCAGUAUCACUGGACCUGAACUAGCUGAUCUGCGAAAAGUUCUUCUGAGUCACUGUGAUGUCAACAAGGAUGGGAAGAUCCAGAAAAAUGAGCUUGCCCUGUGUCUGAGAGUGCAACCGUAAUCAGUGCAUUAUGAUACCAUUAACAGCAUGAGUCUGCAUAAUGUGGGACAUUUGAACUUAACGUUUAUCAUGAAGCUCCCCAUGACAGAUCUGUGGAUUUUUAAUUUUUUUUUUUAAAUGUGGCUAAUAUAUAGUUUACUUUUUUAAGUUCCAUAAAGUUGGCAGUUACUGACAUUUGGUCAGGUGCAUGUUUCUUUGUUGAGAAAUGUCAAAGUGAAAUGUGUCGUUCAUUGUGACUGAUGUAAUAUUCUGUUCAGAAAAUAAACUAUAAUCAUUAAAUGUG